UUGCUGGGUUCAGAUGGACACGCCGUUGGUAUUCGCCGAGUUCGUGCCGAUCGUCGCUCUGGUCGUUCUCACUUUCAUUCUCAUCGAGGCUGCGGGCAGCGCCGACUUCAAAUCCUUGGAUAAAAUCAAUCAAUCUCAAUUCUUCUCGGCCCGGAUUUCCCAGAGGACGAAUCUGUUCAUCAUGCCGAUGGUGUUCGCGUCGUGGGUGGUGGGGAUGCUGUCGGAAUACGAGCAGAAUCUCCCGCUUUAUGGCACCUUCUCUGUCAUGAACGGGGUGCUGGGGGGAAUGGUCUUCUUCUUUCACUGCAUGGGGAACCAAGUCUGUCUGAUGAUUGCAAUUAUGGCACAGAUGGUUGAGAGCUUGCAGAGCGACGUGUCAGCAGCUCAGAGCCAGACUCCAACAACAUCUUUGGGGAUUUCGCAUAACUCUCAUUUCACUCUGCAACCUCACAACCAGUGUGAGAUUACUUCGUUCUAG